UCUCUCUCCUCAUUUUCUAUUCAACUAUUAAGAAGAUUUCUUCUUCUGUAACAUUUCCGAUCGAUUAGGACCCAUCCAUCUUAUUGUUUCGCGAUUAUCUGUUGCGUUAAAGUAAUCAUUGACUUUUGUUUAAUUAUAAAAGGUUAUCGCGUGAAAAAGAAAAAUGCGUGAAAUAGCUCAUCUUCAGGCUGGCCAAUGUGGCAAUCAAAUUGGCGCUAAGUUUUGGGAGGUAAUAUCCGACGAGCAUGGAAUUGAUCCUACGGGAACUUAUCACGGUGAUUCGGAUUUGCAAUUGGAACGUAUAAACGUUUAUUAUAACGAAGCAACCGGUGGAAAAUACGUUCCAAGAGCAAUAUUGGUCGAUCUGGAACCUGGUACUAUGGAUGCCGUACGAUCAGGCCCAUUUGGUCAAAUAUUUCGACCGGACAAUUUCGUUUUCGGUCAAAGCGGUGCUGGAAACAAUUGGGCGAAAGGUCAUUACACGGAAGGUGCCGAACUGGUUGAUUCCGUCCUCGAUGUUGUUCGCAAAGAAGCUGAAAGUUGCGAUUGUCUUCAGGGAUUUCAAUUAACUCAUUCGCUUGGUGGUGGAACUGGUGCUGGUAUGGGCACAUUACUUAUUUCCAAAAUUCGAGAAGAAUAUCCUGAUAGGAUUAUGAUGACUUUUAGCGUGGUACCAUCACCUAAGGUAUCGGACACAGUCGUCGAACCAUACAACUGCACUCUUUCUGUACAUCAACUUGUCGAGAAUACGGAUGAAUCCUAUUGUAUAGACAACGAAGCCCUUUACGAUAUUUGCUUCAGAACACUUAAAUUAAGCACCCCCACUUAUGGAGAUUUAAAUCAUUUGGUUAGUGCAACAUUAAGUGGUGUUACAACCUGCUUAAGGUUUCCCGGACAAUUAAAUGCCGAUUUGAGAAAACUAGCAGUCAACAUGGUACCUUUCCCACGAUUACACUUCUUCAUUCCCGGUUUCGCUCCUUUAACUUCAAGAGGAUCGCAACAGUACAGAGCAUUAACUGUCCCAGAAUUAACCCAACAAAUGUUCGAUGCUAAAAACAUGAUGGCCGCCUGUGACCCUCGACACGGUCGUUAUCUCACCGUUGCUGCUGUUUUCCGUGGAAGAAUGUCGAUGAAAGAGGUUGACGAACAAAUGUUAAAUAUACAAAAUAAAAAUAGCAGUUAUUUCGUCGAAUGGAUACCUAGCAACGUUAAAACCGCAGUUUGCGAUAUUCCACCUCGUGGUUUGAAAAUGUCAGCUACUUUUAUUGGAAAUUCUACGGCUAUUCAGGAACUCUUCAAAAGAGUUUCUGAACAAUUCACGGCCAUGUUCAGGCGCAAAGCCUUUCUUCAUUGGUACACUGGCGAAGGUAUGGACGAAAUGGAAUUCACGGAAGCCGAAAGUAACAUGAACGAUUUGGUAUCGGAAUAUCAACAAUAUCAAGAAGCUACAGCAGAAGAGGAUGGUGAAUUUGACGAGGAGGAGGAGGGUGAAGGGGCGGAUAAUUAAUUUGUUUUAUUAGAUUUUCCUUCUUCCAUAAUUAUCGGUUGUUUUAAUCGCACAUGUAUCAUACUCUAAAUAAGAAAGAAAAACAAAAACUGUGUUCGUACGAGUAUUAAAGUGUCCUGUCGUUUGUCAAUUAUUUUGUUAUAGAAUGCAACGCGAACAAACUUGUACAGAAUAAAUGACUUCGUUACAAUA